AUGAACAACCGGCUUCAAGAUUUGAAGAUCGGAGAAGGUUUCGAAGAUGCUCUGUGCAAGAAAUUGGAUCAAGCAAACUCCACAACAUUCACAGCCGAAAUCGAGCAUGCUGCUCCCCCGAAGGUUAGUUCCACACCCUACCAUCCUAGUCGAUUAGCAGCUUUAAGGAGCUGGUUCACGUCUUCACCAAAGAAGAACCCUAGCCACCUAUUCAACAUAUACAAGAAGUCCGAUGAAUCCCUCCGAGAUUACAUCAAGAGGUUCAAAGCAGAAAGGGCAAACAUUCUAGGAUGUAAUGACCAAGUUGCGUUCUCUGCCUUCAAGAAGGGCUUGCCAAUUGAGUCCGACUUACACCGCGAGCUAACUAUCGAUCCCAGCCAGACUCUAGCAGAUGUCUACGCGACCACCGAAUGCUACGUGCUCUGGUAUGACGAUCGACUUGCUGCGAAGAAGUCUAACAGAUUCAGCAACAAGAAUAGUGCCAAGCUCAAGUCCCAAAGAGACCCCCGGGCAUAUGAGAACUUCACUAAGUUUUCCAUCCCCAUACAUCACAUCCUAGCCCAAGUGAAAGACAAACCUUGGGUGAGGAGACCAUCGCUUCUAAGAGAGGACCCAGAUAAGAAGAAUGCCCACAAAUACUGUGCCUUCCAUGGGGGAUACCGACACUACACGAAUAAUUUCCUUGCCUGGAAAAAGCACAUCGAAGAACUAGCGAGAGAAGGCCACUGCACGGAAUUCAUUGCAAAGCAGACCAUCGAGCAUAUUGAGGACCACUAUACUGCGAAGAAGCCAUCCCAGAAGGUCAUAAGGAUUAACACAAUCCGGGCCGACUCUAAGGAGACCUGGCUGACCAAUAAAGAAAAGAAGAGGAAGAUCAAACAUGCUAUUGUGAUCCCCCAGAUCUCAAGCAACCUCCUACUAAUGGAAGCCGAUCUGCCACAUAACUACGCCCUCGUCAUCAGCAUCCAAAUCACUCAAGCCAUGGUCGACCGAGUCCACGCAGACAAGGGAAGCGCAACCAACAUCCUACAAUUGGGGGUCAUCCAACAGAUGGGUCUGGAGACAAAGAUCAACAAAUCAGCCAAGCCACUGACUGGCUUCAAAGGCGCAACAACGAUUAUCGUAGGCAAGAUAGAUCUCGACGUCUACUACCUACCUCUAAUCAGCUUGCAAACAUUCAUGAUCAUUGAUGAAGUCUCCCUUUACAACGACAUUCUGGGUAGAUCAUGGAUUGGCAAGAUUAAUGCCAUCAUCUUUGCCACACAUCAGAAAAUCCGCUACCCAAUCCUUGGGGGCGGUGUCGGCCAAAUCAACAGCGAUCAAGCAAUGCUCAGCUCUAGGGUUGAAGAGAAGCAAGCAAAGUCGUAUUAUUAUAAUGAAUUCUUUGAGAAUUUGUAA